AUGUCUGAACAAGAUCGGAGGAGCAACAAGCGUGACGUCGGGAAGCGCUCAUCUGAGGAGCUUCAGCAAGAAGCCGCUAUGCCCCAGCCAGAGGCCAUGGUUCACCCCAUCAACGAUCAGGAUGAUCAACCACACCCCGAUGGCAUGUCUGAUGACCUACCAACAUUCUCUUUCGCGAAUCUUCCCAAGCUGGAGGGUAUGGUCCGCCCGGGGGACACGAGUGCGAAUGUGACUCAACAUGCAGAUGCGGCCCAGACUACAACACCCUCACCUCAAGCCCCCGCACCAUUCCCACUCUCGCUACACGAUGCUACAAUCAAGUGUGUUUGCCCACCUGGUACAACUCGACUAGCAAAAGACACUGUCUUUGUGGGCACGAGCAAAGAGGAUCCGCACUGGGUCCACCUCCCUUGCAAGCCGUACACUGUCAACGUGUCUGCCGAGACGGCAGAUCAAGUCAAAGCGAUUGUCAAUGCUGCUGCUGGCACUUUGGAUAUCUCCGCGCAUGUGACGCAAGUCCUGGGCCAUGCUCCAAACGAGAAGCAGCGACUCUUCUUGAAGCAUUUCACCUCGACAUUCCACUGCGAUGGGCCAUGCGAAGACCCAAAGCCACGGUCACAAUUCUUGCUUUGCAAGAAGUGUUGUGCCUGGCAGCACAAGCCAUGCAUGCUGUACGGAGAUCCGCAGGAUCGCGGUGGUCCGGUCUGCAACCGCUGCUACCUGAGCUUCUUGCUCCAUCGCGAUGAGAUCAUCGAGUGGCAGAGGAAGCGCCUUCUCUUGGCCGUGAAGGAGGGAUGGAUCUACCUCAGCAACCCCGAGAACUACCAUCAAGAAUGGCGUCGUGCCUGGAUUCGGCGUUGGCUGGCUCGUUUCUUCGAACAUAAUCAAGUUGUUUUCCACAAGUACAACGUCGCCAGGAAGAAGGCAGAACGCCUUGCAGCUGCUCAGGCGUACUACAGCAGAGUCAGAGUCAUGCCGCAAGUCGCAAAGACCCCAGCAACACAAGCUCAAUCUGCUGUCACCCAGGGAGAUGGUGGUCAGACCCAGCGGCAGAAGUCAGUCCGCAAGCAGCCCGAGCGGAAGAAGUCCUCAUCUAAAGCGAGCGUGGCCGAGGCCGACGACGAUCAGAUGGAGGAUGCUGAAGGGGUCGAUGCGGGUGAUAGCGACGAAAUUGUGGUUGCAAGCACCGCAAAGAACAAGGCGAAGAGCGCACAGUCCAAAGCAAAGCCACCACCUGGCCCUGUACGUUCCACGACAAAGAAAGCAGGCGGAAAGCGUCAAGCCUCGUCUUUUUUGUCUCCGUCACCGCUCGCCAAGAAGAAGAAGCCCGAGAUGAAGUCGCGUGCGCCCAGAAAGUCUGCACCAUCGUUUGUCAAUCUUGUCGGCUCUGAUGAUGAUGGGGACGAUGAGGAUGAAGGCGACGAGGAACAAGCGCCGGACAAAACGAUUUUGCAGCAACCAGACCGCCGCCGCACCGGAGCUUCUGACAAGCCCGCGAUCUCUUGCCGUUGUCCUGGCAAGGCUCCAACCCGAAAAGACUGCUUCAAGUGCAGAGACUGUGGUAUCUACCAGCACUACGCUUGUGCCACCGACGUCCAAGACGGGCUGUCUGUGGUGUGCAACUUCUGCCACGUCCGCUCCCCUGGGCAGUCGCCAGACCCUCCACCAAGUCGUCCACCGUUGCCAGCGCCAGCAUCGGUCAAGCAACUACCAAAGCCAAAGCCGUCAUCCUCCAAGCCGACCCCAGCACCUCCACAGCAGGCAGUGCAACCCGCCCAGCAGUAUGAUCCAGCGCUGCAAGAGGAGGUGAAUCACCUGUGCGCUACCGUCCUUUGGCGCGAGUACUGCUCCAUUCCCAUACCUGACGAAGACGAGCCUACAACGAACCCAGCUUCUGGUUGCGCCUCUCCUGCCUGGCUGACCGAAUGUCAAGCUCGCCUCAUGAGCCUCCUCACCGCAGCUGGUCAAGAGAAGACUUCUACUUACCUCCGCCCUGCACUGGCUGCCUGGCCACGGCAGAAUCAUCUGAUCACGAGGGCGCUGCGUGACUUGGCACUCGAGGAGAUCAUGCAUGGCUCUUUCAUGAGGAAGAGGAAGGAGCUAGGCCUUUUGCUGGAAGUGCUGGGACUGGACGAGAAGGGAUCUGUGUGGAAGGGAAGCAAGGGCUGA